AUCAUAUUAUAACAGUAGAGAAAAACAGCUUCAUGAUAAAGAGUUUUGCAGAUUAAAUAAGGGAAGAUAUUGAUGAAUUUAAAUAGUGACUACAACGGAAUAAAAGAUAAGAGAUAGUUAAUGGAUUGAGGGAACCAGCAGGAUCGGUCUAGGAUUGCCAAGCGAUUGCUUAGCCCAACCUACAGGACAAGAUGAGCCAGGUAGCCAGACAAUCUCCCCUCUCAGCAGGGCCUACCGACUCCGGUUUGCGCUGCGUUCUGCAGAUAAAAUCUCCAGCUGACAGUCGAAGUCCACGCAGCGCGGGGCUCCUUGUCUCCUGCCGCAACGAGCGGGGAAGCCAAAGACGCCAGCCGCAGAGGCGACGGCGACUGCCGCUUCGGCGCUGUCGGCUGGAGGGUUUGCGCUGGAGCUGGCCGGCGAGGAGCAGAUGGCGAGGCUACCGCUCCCUCUGCCAUCGGCCAGCCCUUAGCAGGCUCCGAGCAGAGAGCAGACUUCCAGCAUGACGCACCCCCGCGGCCUCGACAAGGCGCUGAAGAUGUCUCUGCGGAGGAAGACCAAGAUUCAUUCGGCAGCUGGUCCCAUUUGCUCUAAUUCGGGCUACAAGAAGGCGGAUGAUGAGAUGUCCGGGGCCACGUCCUCUGCAGACCAGGGAGAGGCAGCAGCUCGCACUAUUUACUUGAAUGGACCUCAGCAGAGCAAGUUCCACGACAACUGGGUCAGCACAGCUAAAUACAGCGUGGUGACAUUUCUACCUCGAUUCCUGUAUGAACAGAUUAGAAAAGCUGCAAAUGCUUUCUUCCUCUUCAUUGCCUUACUGCAGCAAAUUCCAGAGGUUUCUCCAACUGGAAGAUAUACUACCUUGGUGCCAUUACUAUUUAUUCUAACAGUUGCUGGCAUCAAAGAAAUCAUAGAAGAUUAUAAAAGACACAAGGCUGACAACACAAUGAACAAAAAGAAAACAAUAGGAACAAAAUUACAUUUGUCUUUCCCUUCCUCAGUUUUAAGAAAUGGAACGUGGGAGGAUAUUAUGUGGAAAGAGGUGGCAGUGGCAGACUUUGCGAAGGUCACCAACGGGCAGCAUCUCCCAGCAGACAUGAUCAUUUUAUCGACCAGUGAACCUCAGGCAAUGUGUUAUAUUGAAACAUCUAAUCUUGAUGGAGAGACGAACCUUAAAAUACGACAGGGAUUGAUUCAGACUGCUAACCUCCAAUCAAAAGAAGACUUGAUGAAAAUAUCUGGGAAGAUAGAGUGUGAAGGACCUAAUCGUCACCUCUAUGAUUUCACUGGAAAUCUUUGCCUUGAAAAUCAAAGUCCAGUUCCAAUUGGACCUGAUCAGAUUUUACUAAGAGGUGCACAACUAAGGAACACUCAGUGGGUUUUAGGAAUAGUUGUCUAUACAGGACAUGACACAAAACUUAUGCAGAAUUCAACCAAAGCUCCACUGAAGAGAACAAAUGUAGAAAAAGUUACCAAUAUGCAGAUUCUCAUUUUGUUUUGCAUCCUUCUCAUCAUGGCUUUAGUGAGUUCUGUGGGUGCCUUACUGUGGAACAGAACACAUGGAGAAGUCAUUUGGUACUUUGAUUCCAAUGAAGUCCUAUCCACCAAUUUUGGAUAUAAUCUGCUCACCUUUAUAAUCUUGUACAACAACCUCAUUCCCAUCAGUCUACUGGUGACUCUGGAAGUUGUGAAGUUUACUCAGGCUCUUUUUAUAAAUUGGGACAUAGAUAUGUAUUAUACUGAAAAUGAUACACCUGCAAUGGCCAGAACUUCAAAUCUUAAUGAGGAACUUGGCCAGGUUAAAUAUCUGUUCUCUGAUAAAACAGGCACCUUAACAUGCAAUAUUAUGAAUUUUAAGAAAUGUAGUAUUGCUGGAGUAACAUAUGGUCACUUCCCAGAACUGGCAAGAGAAUGUUCAUCAGAAGAUUUCAGCCAGCUUCCACCUCCUACUAGUGAAUCUUGUGAAUUUGAUGAUCCAAGGCUACUGCAGAACAUAGAGACUGAUCAUCCCACAUCUAUGCACAUCAAAGAAUUCCUCACUUUGCUGGCUGUGUGUCACACUGUCGUUCCAGAAAGACACGAAAACACAAUCAUUUACCAGGCCUCCUCUCCAGAUGAAGGAGCUUUAGUCAAAGGAGCAAAAAAACUUGGCUAUGUUUUCACUGGGAGGACACCACGUUCUGUUAUCAUUGAUGCGCUAGGAAAAGAAGAGACAUUUGAGAUCCUUAAUGUGUUGGAAUUUUCAAGUAAUCGAAAGAGAAUGUCUGUAAUCGUUCGGACUCCAGAAGGUCAUCUACGUUUGUAUUGUAAAGGAGCUGAUAAUGUCAUUUUUGAGAGAUUAUCCAAAGACUCACAAUACAUGGAUCAAACUCUAUGUCAUCUUGAAUAUUUUGCCACAGAAGGUUUGAGGACUUUGUGCAUUGCCUAUGCAGAUCUAUCAGAAAACUCUUACCAGGAAUGGCUGGAUGUAUAUAACGAAGCCAGCACGAAUUUGAAAGACAGAACUCAAAAGUUGGAAGAGUGUUAUGAGAUCAUUGAGAAGGAAUUGCUGCUUCUGGGUGCAACAGCAAUUGAGGAUCGCCUUCAAGCUGGGGUCCCGGAAACGAUAUCUACUCUAAUAAAAGCAGAGAUCAAGAUUUGGGUACUAACGGGGGACAAACAAGAAACUGCUCUCAAUAUAGGGUACUCCUGCAGGCUUCUUUCCCAGAGUAUGAGUCUCAUCUUCGUGAAUGAAGAUUCUUUGGAUGCAACAAGAGCUGCAUUAACACACCAUUGUGAAAAUCUAGGAGACUCACUAGGCAAAGAAAAUGAUAUUGCUUUGAUUAUAGAUGGCCAGACUUUGAAGUUUGCCCUGUCCUUUGAAGUGAGGCAGUCCUUCUUGGACCUAGCAUUGUCCUGCAAGGCUGUCAUUUGUUGCAGGGUGUCUCCUCUGCAGAAGUCAGAAAUAGUAGACAUGGUAAAGAAACAUGUGAAUGCCAUCACUCUGGCCAUUGGGGAUGGUGCCAACGAUGUUGGAAUGAUCCAGACGGCUCAUGUUGGAGUGGGGAUCAGUGGCAAUGAAGGCAUGCAGGCAACCAACUCUUCUGAUUAUGCAAUAGCACAGUUUUCCUACUUGGAGAAGCUGUUACUUGUCCAUGGAGCCUGGAGUUACAAUCGAGUGACAAAAUGCAUACUGUAUUGUUUUUAUAAGAAUGUGGUUCUUUAUAUAAUUGAGCUUUGGUUUGCAUUUGUUAAUGGAUUCUCUGGACAGAUUUUAUUUGAGCGCUGGUGCAUUGGACUCUACAAUGUGAUUUUUACAGCAUUACCUCCCUUCACCUUGGGAAUCUUUGAACGAUCCUGCUCCCAAGACAACAUGCUUAGGUUUCCCCAGCUCUACAAAAUUACUCAAAAUGCUGAUGGGUUCAAUAGCAGGGUGUUCUGGGGUCAUUGCAUCAAUGCCUUGAUCCACUCCGUCAUUCUUUUCUGGCUUCCCCUGAAAGCACUAGAACACGAUACAGUAUUUACAAGUGGCCAGGCUGUUGACUACUUGUUUGUUGGAAAUAUUGUUUAUACGUAUGUUGUGGUAACAGUCUGUUUGAAAGCUGGCUUAGAAACCACAGCAUGGACAAAGUUCAGUCACUUGGCUGUCUGGGGAAGCAUGCUGCUCUGGCUAGUCUUCUUUGGCGUCUACUCUACUAUCUGGCCUGUCAUUCCUAUAGCCCCAGACAUGCUUGGACAGGCAGGAAUGGUAUUGAGAUGCGGACACUUCUGGAUUGGUUUACUGCUAGUGCCCACAGCGUGCCUUGUUAAAGAUGUGGCAUGGAGAGCGGCCAAGCAUACUUACCGUAAAACUUUGCUGGAGCAGGUUCAAGAGCUGGAAGCUAAAUCCAAAGAGCUGAGGAAGUCUAUGCUGCGUGAUAGCAAUGGAAAGAGCAUGAAUGAACGUGACCAUUUGUUAAAAAGGCUGGGCCGAAAGACCCCUCCAUGCCUCUUCCGUGCUCAUUCCGUCCAGCAAGGAGUGUCACAUGGUUACGCUUUUUCUCAGGAGGAGCACGGGGUUGUUUCACAGUCUCAAGUUGUUCGGUCCUACGACACUACAAAGCAGAGAGCCGGAGUGGAAUAACAUGGACUUCUCCCUGUGAUUGGUGGCUGGAGGAAAAAAGAUGUGCAUCAAUGUGUCCACUGUGAAUACACCCUUGAGUAAGGCUGGCAGCAGCAAUGUAAACACCGGAAAACUUUUUACUGUGGCCUUAGCCAACAAGUUUGUUCUCUAUGCUGCUUCCAGACCUUGAGCACACUUUGGUGGGAAGUGGGGGGGGGGCAGUCCUUGCCAGAAGCCAGCUGUUCUUUUGGUUUACAUAGUUUAUGAAACAUUUGCCUCUGCUACCCAAGGUGUGAUGCUGAAAACAUUUUGUUUCUAUUGCCAUUUUUCAAAAGGCAGGGCAAAGGGCAUUUGUGGUUUUGGAGAGAAAAAUGAAAAAGGUGAUAAGGCCCAUCGCUGAUCUAGCUUUGCUGAAUUCAGACUUCUCAUUUUGUCAUGCCCAGACUUAGCUGCAUGUAUGAAGCCUUUAUAAUAUUCACUGUUCAUUUCACUGGAAUAUUUACAGAGAGGCAAAGAAGUGCAGAGAAGCAAAUAUAACUCAAAAAAAAGAGGAGAGGAAAGAAAUAAGGCUCCAGAACAACCAUCAUCAGCUUGUCUUGGAAUGGAUCAACAAUAUACAAAAUACUUUAUAGAAUUCUUAGCUGUUUACACAAAUCACACACAGACAUCCACAAUAAUUUACUCUGCUGUAAUACUAUCUAUCACCCAAGUCAUUUGAAUGGCAGGCCUGUAUCUCAAAACUACAGCUGAAGUGCAGUGAGGUCAAUCUGCUCUGGUAUGAAACAGUAAUAAUUCUAAAGAAAAAAAUAUCUUAAUGUUCUGAGGAAGAGACUAAGAAAGCAUCUAGCUUUUAAGUCAAUUUAACAUUUUGUCCCCACUGUGGCUCAUGACUUAAAAAAUUCCAGUGCUCAUGUGCAGAGACAAGCUGGUGCCUUAACAUCUUCUGCUUGUGAAGCUGAUUAGAACUUCUGAGAGACAAUAUAAGGCUACAUGUUGGACUAAGUGGACCUUAAGAAAUAAUGGAAAGAUCAGAAAAGUACUACAUGUCCUUAUUAAGGUGACCCCCAAAGUUUUUGCUGCUGUGUAACAAGAUCUCCUUUUGAAUAAACACAGUGAAAAAGUGACCUCCUCCCUUGAGAAAAUAUAUCAAGGAAAUAAAUGAAGACUUAACCUGUAGUAAGUUAAGCAUCUCUGUUUCUAUUCACCACUUGGAGAAAUGGCAUAAGAUGAUUUAAAUGUUGUGGGAAGUAUUGCAACAAGUAGAGGGAAAUUUCAGUUAGUGAUGAUGGUUGUUUAUUUUUCUUAAAAUCAACCCCAAGGUCAUGCUGUGGCCACUUCAGGGAACAUUGUCCUGUGAGGAUUGGCUAUACAAAUACAUCCAGAUUGUAUUGCAAAGUAUUCGGCUAAUAUUUUGGUUGUCUACUUCUGGCAGGGCUUUCUGUGCUGUGAAGAUAGUUCUGUUAAAGAGAAGGGAGCACUUUUAGUAAAGGAGCUUUUGUUUGGUAAUAAUUCUACCUGUCAUGUAUUGUUAACAUCACAAAAAUCCUACCAGAAAAAUAAGUUGACAUGCCUAGUUAGCGUGCCAGUAAGCAGUUGUGUUCACAGGUCCACAAAAAGAAUAUCCUCCAAACUUUUCUUCUUCACAGUAUUUUAAUUUCUGGAUUUUUUUUUAAAUGAAAGUGAGACAUGAGUAAAGCCCUUAGAGUCACCUGGUACUGCUAUCUAGGCAAGCCUUAGUUAGUCCUAGCAGCCUCACUACAUUUCUGAAUAGCUUAAGAUAAAUACCAUUGCAACUUUGUCCUCAGGUGCAUCAGCCGGUUUUCCUGUGUGCUGUAUAUAAGGCCUUAAAAACAUUGACACUUUAUUAGUCCUUUUUGCUGACAGUCCUCUGGAACAUAGGUAGAUCUGAGAAAAUUUGGUUACAGAGAGAUCCACUCAUCCAGCAAAAAGAAGUUAACCAUCUCUUUACCUAGACUGAAGGCACAGUGCUUGUCAUUAUUCAGUACGUACCACUUCUAAGAAUUAACAUUUUCCUGUAGAUUUUUUUUUACUCCACACAUUCUGAAGGUUUUCCUUGGACCAUAACUGGGAAGGACAUAGCAUCUACUAACACUACAUGAGCUUUCAAAAUGAUUUGGGAGAACUUAUUUAGGCCUUGUACACACGCAGCACCUCUUUUCUGUUCUUUAAAACAAUCUGAUUUUUUUUCAGACUUGACUGUUGCUUUAAGAAGUCCAUUCAUUAAAGUGCAUCUGAUUCUUAGAGGAGCAACAUUUUUUUUUCAGGUUCACACAGUAUUGUUCACUAUGAGUAGAGUUGCCUUCAGUGAGAUGGGCAACACAUAAGUUUAAUAAAUAAAAAGAAGCAUGGUGGCCCAAACUUCUGGUCAUUGCUGUCUAGUUUAGAGAACAAAGGAAGAAAAAUGAUUAUAAUAUUGUAAGCACUGAUGUUGGGUUUUCUUGCAGCUAAACCUGGUAAAAAUAUAUGAAUAAGCUGAAUUUAAAGCACUGCCUGCUUAUUCUUAUUAAUAUAAUUAGCUUCAUAAAAAGCAGGAAGAAUGCCAAUUGUUUAAAAUAAUCAAAGAAAUAAAGACAAAAAUAAGUUAGAGAGGUCUGUUAAAAAAAAAUAAAAACUUUCUGGGGCAGAUUGAUGAAAUUACUUUACAUAGGACUUAGAAUGGCCACCCUACCCACCAAAUAUUAGCAGUCUUAUCUACUACCCCAUUAUGUUUAUAUACAUAUAUAGUAAUAUAAUUUAGACACAUUUAUCCAUAUCAGUAGGUAAAAAAACCAAUUGUCCUUCUAGAAUUCAGAGCUUAAAAUUUGAACAGUUGAAACUAUAACUAUACUGCAAAACUUAGGCUUCAAUCCUGGGAGUAAGACCCAUUUAUUGCAUUGAGUCUUACUUCUAAGGAAACUUGCAAAGCGUUAAGAUGCUGUUAAACAAUACAUUCUGCCAGUUUAGCUAAUUAAUUUCUCCUCACAACUUUAAGAAUUAGAGAACUUAGACAAAUCUACACCAAAAAAGUUAAAUUCACAGAAUUAUUUGAAAAGAAGCUCCUUACAGGAUUCACAAUGAAAUCAAUUCUUUACAGUUGGUCCUCAAGUUACAACCAUUUGUUCAACCUUUCAAAGUUCAGACAGUGCUGAAUGAAUGAUACUCACGACAGUCCUCCACCAUUCUCAACAGUCGUGUGACUAUAGCUCCUGGCUCACAAUUGUAAUGUCGCAGUGAGUCACAAUCUUGUGAUUUUAUUUCCAACAUUCUCUCUGGCUUCCACAAGCAAAGUCAAUGGAGAAUUCAGAGCUAGCAGUCAUGUGAGAUCCUCAUUCAACAACCCAGGUAAUCCUCAUUUAACUAUGGGAACUGGGACUGCUGGAAUUGCUGUCACCAAGCAAUACAUCCAGUAACACCUCGCUUUAUUACCAUGUCACUUACUGAUGGCAGAUCUGGUCCCAAAUGCCAUCAUAAACUGAGGACCACCUAUAUUUGCUAACUCUGUGUUGGAUUUUGACUUCUAUUUUAGCUUACCAGAUCUUGGCUGCAAAAACCAAGACAACCACAAGAUAUCAGCAAAGAGAUAUAAAAAAAAAACUAUCUAGAUUUUUGCAGACUGGAUCUGAUAGCCCUAUUGUUUAUACCCAUCUUGAGGUUACUCACCUAGUAUUUUUGAUCUAGGUCAAAAUCAUCUAGUUCUUUUCCUGUGGUAUAUGUCUCACAUUCCGAUUAAGUCAUUUUUCAUAACUUCAGAUCUGCUUUAAGGCAAGUGAAAAUGAGCAGGAACUGUCUGAAAUGACUUUGUCCCAAAUAAACAGACUUUUGUGGGCGUAUUUCAAAGAUCUGAAAUUAUUGUCAGAAAACUCAGUAUUUCCAAAUUUCCUCCUCUCUCUUUUGGAAAAAACCACAUUUGUAGUGUAGCUUAGAGCAUUAUAGUGGUUGAUGUUUAAAUCUAUUGGCAAGUAAAAUGAAGCAAUCCCAAACCAGGAAGAUAUCAUCAGUUUCCCUCAGAGAAGGAACCCAACAUUGUUGAAAGUAUACAAAUUCACCUCUUCUGAUCCCACCAACCUUGCAAGUCUCACAUAUGACACUAUUCAGUACCAUUAACAAUGCUCACAUGGUCUUUCUAGCAUGAAAAAGAAAUAUGGAGGUUUCUGUCAUUUUUGUUUGCUUAUUUUUCAUUUGUUGGGAGGGGAGAUCAAGUCUAACAGCAGUCCCACUUUCCUUUGGGAAGACAUGAACAGGUAACUAUAUGAAAACAACUGACAUAUUCUGCUUUUAUGUAACCUUUCAAAACUGUAAUAAUUUAUUGUGUGCAAAGACACAGCUUUAUCAUAUCUAGUGUUUAUGUAAAUAAAAAGCCUUACCUUUAUAUAUACACACAUAUAUAAUUGUAUUUUAAAAAUGCCAAGUAAAUACUUCUUCUGUCUUA